UGACACGGUUUCCCCCACAGGCUCGGGACCUCGUGGCUUCACCAGACUUUGCAAAGGAAGGGAGCUGGGGGCUUCCCGAGAGCGCGCUGGUGUGGAGGAACUUCGCUGGAAGCAGCAGACCGGGGUUCACAAAGAGGGCCCUGGAGCUCCAGUCGCUCGGAACUGCUCGGCCCUAAGGCGGGGAGCGCAGGAGCCGGAGCCAGCCGGGAGCUUUGUGGUUCGAUUCCUUGUGCAGGCGCCCUGACUGCGGCCCUCGGCACCAUGGAUCUGCAUCUCUUUGACUACUCGGAACCUGGGAACUUCUCCGACAUGGGCUGGCCGUGCAACAGCAGCGACUGCAUCAUGGUCGACACGAUGACGUGCCCCAGCAUGGCCAACAAAAGCGUCCUGCUCUACACGCUGUCCUUCAUCUACAUCUUCAUCUUCGUCAUCGGCAUGAUCGCCAACUCCGUGGUGGUCUGGGUGAACAUCCAGGCCAAGACCACCGGCUACGACACGCACUGCUACAUCUUAAACCUGGCCAUCGCCGACCUGUGGGUGGUGGUCACCAUCCCGGUCUGGGUGGUCAGCCUUGUGCAGCAUAACCAGUGGCCCAUGGGCGAGCUCACGUGCAAGGUCACCCACCUCAUCUUCUCCAUCAACCUCUUUGGCAGCAUCUUCUUCCUCACGUGCAUGAGCGUGGACCGCUACCUGUCCAUCACCUACUUCACCAACACCUCGAGCCACAGGAAGAAGAUGGUGCGCCGCAGUGUCUGUGUCCUGGUGUGGCUGCUGGCCUUCUGCGUGUCCCUGCCCGACACCUACUACCUGAAGACCGUCACGUCCGCGUCCAACAACGAGACCUACUGCCGGUCCUUCUACCCCGAGCACAGCGCCAAGGAGUGGCUGAUCGGCAUGGAGCUGGUGUCCGUGGUCCUGGGCUUCGUCAUCCCGUUCUGCGUCAUCGCCGUCUUCUACUUCCUGCUGGCCCGCGCCAUUGCGGCGUCGGGCGACCAGGAGAAGCACAGCAGCCGGAAGAUCAUCUUCUCCUACGUGGUGGUCUUCCUGGUGUGCUGGCUGCCCUACCACGUGGCGGUGCUGCUGGACGUGGUCUCCGUCCUGCACUACAUCCCCUUCACCUGCCAGCUGGAGGGCUUCCUCUUCACGGCCCUGCACGUCACGCAGUGCCUGUCCCUGGUGCACUGCUGUGUCAACCCGGUGCUCUACAGCUUCAUCAACCGCAACUACCGGUACGAGCUCAUGAAAGCCUUCAUCUUCAAGUACUCGGCCAAGACGGGCCUCACCAAGCUCAUCGACGCCUCCCGGGUGUCCGAGGCUGAGUACUCUGCUCUGGAGCAGAGCACCAAGUGAGGCCGGGUCUGGGGAUGCGCAGGCUUGCUUUGGGCCGGGCUCCCGGCCACCUUGUUUCCGGGAGCAAAGAGAAGGGCCUCGGGGCUUGAUACCUGAGCGGCCCGAAGGCGGGAAGGGGUGUCACCGUGCUUCCUCCCCGUCUGUCUUUCAUGCCAGCCCGGCUGUGGCGUGGCCGCAACGCUGACUGUGUCACGCUGGGCGGGGCCGUGGGCCGGUGCCACUUGUCAAAGCCGGCCGCCCCGCGGCUUACCUGGACCUCUGUACUAUAGCACUCUGUUUCCUGCAGGUUUUCUAUGGCGGCUUGUAUUUAAAUGCUAAGACUUUAUUUUCUCACUUUUGGCGCUCCAAAUGUAUUUGAAAGUUUAAAUAUAUUUUAAAAGUUGUACGGGAACUGUAAUGCUGACAUGUACUCCGUGUUGUAGUUUUAAGGUUAGGUUGACCUCGAUUUGGACUAAAGGUGAUGCUUGUUGGCUGUUGCGAGGUGACAUGUACACCUAAAUAUAUACAUAUACCCCGGCCUCGGCGGAAAUGUCUUAUAUACGGCACUUCCACGUCUGCUUUGCACCGGAGACGAGCGCUGCCCUGCCGCGGUUUCCCAGUUGACAGUGCCUGCAGGCGCAGCGAAAGAACGAACACACGGAAGCCAGCCUGGCCCAGGCGCCCUGUCGAAGUCGCGUGCGGUCGUGCGCCUGAGAGUUCUCUCCAUCUGUAACUUAUUUUUUUUAAAAUAAAGGUUGGUUUUUUCC